AUGUCAUGCCCCCCAACUUCCAAUCCUGUUGACUUUAGCCCAUUUGAUACUUCAUUUCGGCUGCCAGCUUAUAAUCCGGAUGACCCGAGGCAAGCGGCGCCAUCGUCGUCAAAUGUGCCAACCCCUGUAGUUGACGAACAAAAUGUCGGCAAGUUGUUCUUUGACUUAAAUGAAGAUUUGAAGGGUACCACUAUUGUCGAAGAUGAUGAGUUGAGAGUUGAAGAACCAAGAUCAGGCAUGGAGUUUGAAAGUGUGAAAGAGCUGACGGCCUACUAUAAGCAAUAUGCGAAGCAAGAGGGUUUCGAUGUACGGACACAGAGAACUAGAAAAGAUGAUGAGGGGAGGCCUGUGUAUGUGACCGUUGGUUGCGCCUGUGGCGGAAAGUACCAACCUAAGAAUAGUAAUAUCUCGAAGCCACGGCCAACAACCAGAACAGAUUGUAAAGCAAGAGUAAAUGCUACGUUGAGUAAGAAUGAAAAGUGGGUUUUCACAACUGUUGAAAAUGUGCAUAACCACAUAACUGUGAGCCCCAAGAAAACCAGACUGUUGCGAUCGCACAAGUUUCUAGACGAAUAUAGCCAAAGGAUCCUGGAUCUGAAUGAUCGAGCCGGAAUAAGAAUGAACAAAAAUUUUAAUUCUCUUAUUGUUGAUGCGGGGGGUUAUGAGAAUUUAACUUUUCAAGAGAAAGAUUGUCGGAAUUUCAUUGAUAAGGCAAGACAUUUACGGUUGGGUAAAGGAGGUGGCGAAGCCCUUAAUCAUUAUUUCCAAAGAAUGAGAGACCAGAAUGAUGGCUUCGUUUCUAACAUGGACGUGAAUGAUGAUGGUAGGCUAUGA